AUGGAAAAACCAAAUAGCAUACCAAAGUCUUCAGAACUAUUAGCAGGAUCGUUACCAGAAAAUGUUGCAACUAUUCUUCCGCAAAAUUAUAAUUACAUGGUUUCUGAAAUUCGACAACUUCCAAACUAUAUUACCCCAGAAGGGUUCUUAAUUGAUCAAUUUGAAAUAAAUUUUUUUGUUAAUGUUGAUAAUAUUGAAGGUGCACGUCAAUGGUUUUCUGAAUAUGAAGAAACAUCAAAGACCACGAUGCGUGAAACAAAAUAUUUCAAGUCCAAGGGAAAAAGUAUGACAUCGAAUAAUGUGCCUCAGAGCAAUGAUAAAACCCAGGAAACAGAAAGACCUGAUGUUAAUCCGACUGAUCUAGAACCUAAUUCUGCUUUUUUUGAAUUGUUUCUUGAAACGAUCAAACGGAAUUACAAAAAUUGUGGUCCGAAUCUUCAGACUGCCCUUGAAAAAUUCGCCGAACGAUACAAUGCGGCAAAAGCUAAAUCUGUUCCAGCAUUAGUGUCAUUUCUUUAUGACAUUAAUCGUGAUAUUGAUCCAUUUGCACGAGUAAAAAGUGGAACAAAAAUUCGUGUGCAAGUUGAAUCAGUGAAGCAUCGAAGAACCAGUAAUAAUGAUAAAGAAAACAUUGAUCAGCAUAUUAUUCCUGCACGGAAAGUUAAAGCGAAAGGCAAAAAAGCACACAAUAUUA